AUUUUCCGCUUUUUCCCUCCACAAAUCUGGCCUAUUUCUCUUCUGUACGUAAAUAGGCGAUGGAGAUCGAAGCGGCAAUGGAGAAGAUCUGGGACCUACACGACAAGCUCAGCGAUGCAAUUCACUCAAUUUCUAGAACUCACUAUCUCAAUUCCAUCGGCUCCUCCGUUGCUAAAUCCCUAGAUGCUUUUCCUCCUCCUCCUCCAACCUUCUUCGCCAACAGGACGAAGCCCUCGCCCAACGAGGAAGACAAUCACCACCGCUAUGGAUUCGUCUACGUCAAGGAUUUCCCGCCGUCCGAUGACAACAAUUCCUCCAUUCAGGAAGCGAAGAGUUUGAAUGCCAUCCGAACCGCUCUCGAGAAUCUCGAGGACCAGCUCGAGUUCUUCCAUUGUGUACAAACGCAGCAGAGAGCUGAUAGAGAUGCAGGGAUUGCUCGUCUGGAGGAAAGCAGGAUUAUCCUUGCGAUGAGAUUGUCUGAACACAAAGGUAACAAAUACAAAGUGAUUGAAGAAGCCCAAGAAUUUAUAGGGAAUGUUAUAAAGGAUGAGUCUUGGUUUGAUAACUCAAGAAAAACUCAUAAUAAAGGAAUGAGAUCUGCGGAUCUUGUAAAAAACGCAAUCUAUGGUGCCCAUAAAUCUCUCAAGGAUCAAUUGGCUGGUGGUGGGUUGUUUGGCAAUGCUGCUUUGAUUGCAAUUAGCGCGGUUGCAAUAUUGCUACAGCUGCGUAAAGGUUCUGGUGGGAAUGGUGAGAAUUCUACUACUACUACUGUAUUAGACCUCAAGAGAGCAGUAAUGUCUACACAAUCUAAUAAGUUGGAUGUGAUGUUGUCUAGAGGUUGAGUUAUAGAUGAUAUGAUAUGAUAUGAUAGGAAUUCAUUCUUUCCCUA